AUGACCGCCGAGGGCGACAACAGGGUGCUGAUGCAGAAGGUCUCCAAGGAGCUGCUCUCCAUGAUGCAGGUCCCGUCGGUGGCCGCCCGCCUAGCUUCCGCCGAGACCGCCGCCUCCCAGCUCGCCGCCCGCUUCGCCGCCGCCUCCGGCGCCCCCCUUCCCGGCGCGGCCGCGGGCGCCGGCGGCACCCAGGCCGCGGGCGGCGGGGGCGCCGGCGGGGCGGCCGCGGCGGCGGUGGCGCUGGGGGCUGCAGGGCUCGGGGAGCCGCUGUGCAUGGACGCCGUGAGGAAGCUGCUGCUGGUCCGCGAGGCGCGGCUGCUGAGGGCGCUCGCGCUGGCGAUGCGCGCCGCGCCGCCGGGCGGCUCGUUUGACGAGUGGAUGAAGGCGCAGAGCGACCAGGUGCAGGGCGCCGCCAAGGCCUACGCAGAGCGCGAGGUCUUCGACGCUUGCCUGCGCGCCCUCGACGGCGCCGGCGCCGGCGCCGGCGGCGCCGCGGCCCAGCCCGCCGUCGCGGAGCUGCUAGCGCCGCUGGUGGCGCUGUUUGGGCUCAGCUGCGUCGAGAACGACCUCGCCUGGUUCCUGUCAAUGGAGCUCCUGCCCCCAAAGGUGGCGCGCCUGCUGCCCUCCCAGAUCCGCCGCGUGGUGGCCGCGCUCGCGCCGCGCGCGCCCUCGCUGGCGGCCGCGCUGGGCGUGCCGGCCCACCUGGUGAUGGCGCCCAUCGCGGGUGACUGGGAGCACUACAACCGCUACAACAACGAGGGCGAGUUGGUUGGAGAGCAGUUUAGGGAGUGA